AUGAUCAAGUCUGGGAUGAGCUGCCAGCUGGUGCACUACGUGCACGACGAGCACGACAAGUUCUUCGCGUUCUGCACGCUGCUGGACGCAAUCAUCGUGCGCUGCAACCCAGGCCAGAUCAAGGCGGACGGUGGCGACCAGGCCAAGUUUGACGACGGCAUGCGCAAGAUGCGCAAGCUGGGCAAGCAGGUGUGGCCGUCCCCGGACGUGAUGGAGUUCAUGGGCGCCAAGGACGCGUUGUGCAAGGUGGCGAAGUUGAACAUUGGCCGGGAGGACACCCUGGCGUACUACAGCGAGUCUACGUUCGCGGAGGGCUUCAAGAAGACGAUGGCCUUCCAGCCGCGCGUGAUCAAGCAGAAUCGCGGGUCCUCGGGAGAGGGCAUCUGGAUCAUUAAGCUGAUGUCUGGCAAAUACUGCAGCACGUACGGGGAUCGAUCUUGCGAGGACGACGAGAAGCUGGCCAUGAUGGAGGCCAACGACAACCACGUGGAGGUUCAUACGGUGGCCGAGUUCAUCGAGUUCUGCGUCAACGGCCGCACGGACAAGUCGGGGACAUGGACGAGCAAGGGGGUGGGCAAGUACCUCGAGGGCGGGAAGGAGGCCGGUGGCCAGUUGGUCGACCAGCGCUUCUGCCCGCGGAUCGUGGAGGGCGAGCUGCGCUACAACAUGGUCGUGGACACGCUCGUCGGAAUCAUCCACAAGAAGCCGAAGGAGGGCGGCAUCUCCGCCGUGGGGGGGACCGGCUCGAUCUACACGUUCUACGGGCCCGAGGAGCAGAAGUUCGCGGUCUUGACGGAGAACUUCUUAACGAAGGACCUCAAGGAGGUGAUGCCGGCGCUCGGGCUCGCUGACGAGCCGAUCCCGCUCUGGUGGACCACGGACUUCAUUCUGGCAUCGGAGGUGGGCACCCCGCCAGAGCAGGAGAAGUGGAUCGUGGGCGAGUUCAACUGCUCCUGCGUGGGCAUCUCCAAGUGCCUAGCAGCCUACUGCAAGGACGACACGCCGAACGCCUGCUACACCGACAUCGCAGAGGAGAGGACGCGGCGGAGGCGCAGGAAAUGGGCGACCUCAUGGGCAGCAAAGCUUUGCUGA